AUGACGAAGAAAGGUGGUGACGAAGCCUCCGACCUGCCUCCGGCCCACCUCCGCCAGAGGCGCCUGCAUGAAAGAGUUUGCUGGGUCCUGUUACUCCUAGGAGUGUACGAGCCCGACAAUGUGAAGCCCUCGUCUCAGUUUCUAGUCGCUGCCGCCAGUCGUGUAGGAGGAGGAACCUUUACCCACCGUUCUAUGCGAAGAAGCACCACCCUUCCACCCGCGGCUUCUGGAGUCGAGAUCUUCCAGUCGAGGAGGAAGAACCCGAUUGUCGUCGUACACCAGUCGAGUGAGUGUACGAAAAAGGACUGUGAAGGUUUAGCGCGAGGAAAGGGGAGAGACCGGAUCUCCAGCUCGAGAACAAGGACGAAAGUGAGGAGUCAGGAAGGGGGAAGAGAGUGGGCUGGGCUCGACGGUUCGAGGACCAAUGGUUUGGAGGAGGAAAGCAAGAAAGAAGAAGAGAGUUCAGAGGGCCAGGCGUGGCCUCCUGCCAUUCACUCUGCCAUUCACUACGAGUGA